AUGCUUUGGCUAAAGAAUGUUUUCAACCUGAUGUACCGGAAAAUUGAACGAAUCUGUUUAGCAAAUGGUACCUGGUCAAAUGAUGCACCAAUUUGUGCCGUUGAUGUUGCGCACGGUAAACCGGCAGAACAGUCUUCCGGUACAACAGCAAAUCAUGCUGUGGAUUCGAAUACGUUAUGCGCCAUAACCGAUCAUUCAAAAUCGUCUUGGUGGCAAGUAAUAAUACGUUUGUUUGUUUAG